AUGUUGCACUCCGGUAUGAACCCGUUCGAGAGGGCUGAUGUGCUUCACUUGUUCGACGCCGCCUCCCCGGCAGCCUCCGCAUCUGCCGCAGUGGACGGCGGAAGGGAUGUGGACGCCGCACCAAUCACAGAGAUACAGUACACCGCGCUCCUGUACAUGAUGGCAGGGCAGCUGGCCAUCUCACAGGCCGAGGCAGAACGCUUGUUUCCAUUCUACAAGCACGGGCCGCUGACUGUGGAGGCAUCGGUCGCCUCUGUCGACACCAAGUCCCCACAGCUCCCUCCCUUCUGCGCCCACCUCUUGCGGGAAGGCGCCGCGGAGUAUUACUGGGCUAAACCCGAUGCUCACACCAUCCCCGAUGUACGGUGCUGCGAUGCCCGAGAGAUACACAAGCAAGAAGUCUUUCCGGCGCCCGGUCACGGUCCACAUGUGCACUGUCUUCGCUGCUUCCAACAGAGCAUUGAAAAGGCGCCGCCACCUGGGCCAGGGGUGCCACCACCAGUCGUCGUCGACUACCGCGAUGCGGGAAGUCUGCAGGCGCACCUUGAGGAGCACCGGACGCGUUACGCGACGUGCCUGCGCAUCCUGGAAGACAGCAGCAGCAGCGACUGUGGCGCAGCGCGUGAUAUGCUCUCUGAAGACCUUGCAGCAUGCGAGGUGGCGGCCGAAGAGGCAAGCCGCCAUGUUUGCUUCAUGGCUUCGCUGGGAACGGUGGCUUGUCCUUUGGUCGUCUUCUACUGCGCCGAGUGCGACGCCUUCGCCCCCCUGGUGCGCUUUCACCCCGUGAGCGACGCAGUGAUGAACGAUGCAGGCCCAAAUGUGGCUGAUGCCUGGGAGACCACAGAAGGCCCCAACAUGGUGCUGAGUCGGCUUCUCCUGAGCUGCCAUGUCCUGUACAUGUUCGAUGCAGAGCGCUUCAGCCGGCAGCGACGCAGCGCUCGAUGUGUGGGUUGGAACUCGGCCACCAAUGCAACACGCAGCGCACGACACCUCCUCUACAUGUUCAAACCCUUUCUUUUCUCCAUGGAGACGGAGGAGUCUUUGAUAGAAGAGUUCGAGUCCGGCGCAGAAUGCACGUAUGCCGCGGUGGUACUUCCGAAUGCAAGCGUGGCUGGUGAUCCCCCUCAGCUGCUCCUGCGAGAAGACACGGAAGGGGACGGGUCAGGCACAGCGCCGACGCAGUCGCGCUUUUCCCCGGCGGUAAUUGGGUUUUCAAUGGAGUGGGCGACAGCGGAGCUUCUGGAGAAGAAGGUCGCAAUGGUGCUCGAGCACUCCAGCAGAGCAUCGGCUGUGUGCUUACAGGAAGGCGGAGACCCGUCCUCCUGCUCGUCCGACCCAUCAUCACCUACGCCGCCGGCCUUCCGCGUCGUGACGCGGAUGGUGUACAUUGUGGAUACGGGGAAGUGGGCGGUGGCGCACGUCCUCUACCACCAACUCCUGCCGGCUAACACUGAGCUGCCGCUGAGCUACGAAGACAAAGCGGAUGACGGAAUUCGCGUGCAGGAUGUGUACGAGGUGGAUGUCCCGAUGCCGGCGUGGACUGAUGGCUCCAUUAGUGAGAGCGAGCCGAGCGCGGCAGUCGAAUCGAGCGGCGAAAGCGAGGAGGAGGAAGAGGGCACUGACGACGCGGUGGAGACAGAUGCGCUUGCCAUGGAUGGAUGUCCCUACUCCAUGGAGUCGCGCACCAUCGACUUCCUCACGCGCAUGACAGCGCUGGCGAAGGCGAUGCACGAGCUUGGUACGUGGCGGCUUACGAUUGACGAGAACAAGGGAUCUGUCGCUGCUGUAGAGGCUGACGAAAGACGGCAUCGACAGCACUCCGUUGAUGGAGGUGAGAGUUGCUGGCAGCGGCGUCGGUGA